AUGUCAGACAAUCCGUUCGCCGAUCCGUUUUCAGCUCCACCACCACCAAAAGCUGCCAAUUCAUCAGUUGCUCCAGCAGUUUCAUCCAGUGGAACAGAGGAUUUCAACCCAUUUGCAAAUCGAGCCGGCGGUUCCGCAUCCUCUUCAUCUGCAAAUAUGGCUCAGCCGAGCACUCAUCAGUCAUCCGGUGGAUUUGGUGGAAAAUCAGCUGGAAUGGACGAUGAGUUGUUCCGAAAACAACAAGAACUUGAGAGACGUGCUCAGGAACUCCGUAUGAGAGAAGAGGAAUUGGAUAGAAGGCAGAGAAGUAAUGUCAAUAAUUUGAACACAAAUGCUCCAAACAACGCGCCACGCCCACACAAUUGGCCACCGCUUCCAACAAUUAUCCCAAUUGAACCAUGUUUCUAUCAAGAUAUUGAAGUUGAAAUUCCGGUUCAAUUCCAGAAAACAGUGACAUUGGCCUAUUAUGUAUUCCUUGUCUAUGUGCUUGCACUCGUUGUCAACGUCAUCGCCUCAUUAUUCUAUAUGAUUUUUGCUGGCGGACCAAUUGGACAGCUAUUUUUGGCCUUCAUUCAGUUGGCUCUAUUCUCUCCAUGCUCAUUCCUAUUCUGGUUCCGUCCAGUUUACAAAGCAUUCAGAAAUGAUUCUUCAUUCAAUUUCAUGGUCUUCUUCUUUGUCCUUUUCUUCCACUGCAUUUUCACUUUCGUUCAAAUGUUGGGACUUUCCAAUUAUGCUUGCGGAUGGAUCAAUGCCCUCGAUACUUUCAAAGUCUCCGUGCCGGUUGCCCUCCUCAUGCUCAUCUCUGCCAUUGUAUUCACUGUUGCACUCACUGGAAUGGUAACCGCUCUUGUCAAAGUGCACCGUCUGUAUCGUGGAGCCGGUUUCUCUAUCGACAAGGCACGUCAAGAGUUCACAAAUGGAGUGAUGUCGGAUGCUGGAGUCCAAAGAGCCACGGCCGCUGCAACACAGGCUGCUGCAGGUGCUGCAUUCAACCAGGCUACUCAAGGACGUUUCUAA